ACGUCAGCCCCCACAGCAGCUGAGCAGGGGUGGGUAUUUAUUUGGUACAAGCACAUUAUUUGCAUAUGGACACGUGGCCAACAUGCAGAAACUUUAUACUUCUGCACAACCAAUUUGCAUGGUUCUUGAUCCGCUCGAUAAUGGUCCGGGUUCCAUGGGUUUGGGUUGGACCUUUCGUCCAAAUAUAGAGUGGUCCUAACUCCUACGGUCCUACCUACAACCAAACUCCGAAUUAAGGUCUAUGGUGAUUCUAACCAGCGGUCUUGCCGUUAAUGCCCUCGUUCUUCUGGAACUUCAAUCUCAUACCUUGCUCAUUGUUCAAACUAUACCACCGUUACUUGCACGUCCGCCGUUUCCGACCUCAGUUUUCAUCUCUCCGUUGUAACAGAUCCGACGUCGACGAUCCUCAACUGCUUUUACAAUGGCUUGGCGAAGGGAAACUGCAAAAGGCUCGAGCCUUGCUCGACAGAAUGCCUCAAAGAGGCAGCCGUAGUGGGGUCGUUCACUGGACGUCUGUGCUCACAAAGUAUGCCAGGGAUGGCUUUGUCGACGAAGCUCGAGCUCUUUUCGAGCUCAUGCCAGAAAGGAACCUCGUCACAUAUAAUGCAAUGCUCUCUGCUUAUGUGCAAUCGGGAAGGAUUGGGGAUGCUUCUCGGUUCUUUGAUGGGAUGCCUGAAAGGAGCGUGGUGUCUUGGACUUCUAUGCUAUGUGGGUUCACAAAUGCUGGGAGAAUUAGAGAAGCGAAAAGAUUUUUUGACGCGAUGCCGGAAAAGAAUGUUAUCUCAUGGAAUUCGAUGAUGGAUGGUUUGAUUAGAAAUGGUGACUUGGUUGAAGCUCAACGGUUGUUUGAUAUAAUGCCGGAGAGGAAUCAGGUUUCUUGGAAUACGAUGAUUAAAGGCUAUAGUGAAAAUUGUAGAAUGGAAGAAGCGAGAAUUUUAUUUGAAAAAUUGCUGGAACCCAAUGUGGUUACUUGGACUAGCUUGAUUGCUGGUUAUUGUCGCACUGGUGAUGUGGAUGAAGGAUAUUGCAUGUUUCAGAGAAUGCCCGAGAGGAAUAUUGUCUCUUGGACGGCCAUGAUUGGUGGGUUUGCAUGGAAUGGUUUCUAUAAGGAGGCAUUAUUGCUUUUCCUUGAGAUGAGAAGUACCACCGACAUCAAACCAAAUGAAGAGACAUUCAUUUCACUAGUCUAUGCAAGUGCUGGUAUAGGUUUUCCUCCUCUUGGAAAACAGUUACAUGCACAAUUGAUAGUUAACGGGUUAGACUGGGAUGACUAUGAUGGAAGGUUAUCAAAGAGUCAAGUUCAUAUGUACUCUGAAUUUGGCCUUAUGGAUCAUGCGGAAUAUAUUUUCACCAAGAACUCAAAUGACUGUUUUGUUCAGUCUUGUAAUUCUAUGAUUAAUGGGUACAUUCGUAUUGAGCAGUUGGAGAAAGCCCAACAUUUGUUUAACACAAUACCUAUCAGAGAUGGGAUAUCAUGGACUUCAAUAAUCACUGGAUACUUCAAUGUAGGUCGUGUUACAGAGGCUUGUUGUCUUUUCAAUGAAAUGCCUGAGAGAGAUGCCGUUGCAUGGACAGUUAUGAUAUCAGGGCAUGUUCAAAAUGAGCGCUUUGCAGAGGCUAUCCACAUCUUUUCAGAAAUGCGUUCUGAGGGGGUUACACCUCUAGAUUCCACAUAUUCCACCCUUCUUGGAGCUGCAGGUGCAAUGGCUUAUCUUGAUCAGGGGAAGCAGUUUCAUUGCAUAUUGAUGAAAACACGAUCUAUACUUGACAUAAUUCUUGAGAAUGCUCUGGUUUCCAUGUAUGCAAAAUGUGGGGACAUAAGUACUGCUCAGUAUAUAUUCUCUGGCAUGACUUACCGAGAUACCAUUUCUUGGAAUUCCAUGAUUGUUGGGUUUUCACAUCAUGGGCUAGCUAACAAGGCUCUAAAACUUUUUGAAGCAAUGCAAGACUCAGAGACCAAUCCAAAUUCUGUUACAUUCUUGGGUGUUCUAUCAGCAUGCAGCCAUGCUGGCAUGGUUGACCGAGGAUGGGAUCUGUUCAAUUCUAUGUUUACAGAGCAUGCAAUUCAGCCAGGGGUAGAACAUUAUGUAUGCAUGAUUGAUCUAUUGGGUCGAGCGGGUAAAAUUCAGGAAGCAGAAGAAUUUGUUUUGAAGCUUCCUUUCAAGCCUGGUAUUGCCAUUUGGGGUGCAUUGCUUGGUGCUUGUGGGCUUGGCAGGAAGAAUAUAGAAAUUGCAAGACAUGCAGCUCAGCGGCUCCUUGAGAUUGAUCCAUUGAAUGCCCCAGCCCAUGUCUUGCUCUGCAACAUAUAUGCAGCAACUGGUCGCCGUGAUGAAGAGGGAAUGCUUAGAAAGGAAAUGGGAUUGAAGAGGGUGAAGAAGGUUCCUGGGUGCAGCUGGAUUCUGUUGAAGGGGAAAGUUCAUCUUUUCUUGUCUGGAGACACAUCACAUUCACAAGCUGGUGAAAUAGUUUCACUCUUGUCUCAUCUGGCAGUUGGAGAAUCAAGUUCUAUGACUAAUUCUCCGAUGUUUAGCCAGGAAACCUCAUGAAUGCAAAUUAUCCAUUGUUCAA